UGAUGUCAACACAGGUUAGAGUGCUGACAACAGGUGCACACACUUUACACUAGAGUGAUCUCACUCUAAUCAAACUGCUGCCACGACUCAAAGAUUUGCAGAGCCUUUUUCUGGAAUUUUGGGCAGGAAAUAAGGCCUAACAAUGGCCAACUUUGGAGGACAUGCCAUUCCCGGCGCUUUUUUCCUGCUCCUUGGCUUCUGGCUAACGGUGAAAUACAUUCUCCAACACUACUGGAGGACAAGUCAGCCCAAAGGAAGACAGAUUAUGCCCCCUUUCUCUAAACGGAUGCACUACUUGGAGGGAGGAUGUCUAAUAUUUGGUGCAUUUGUAGGUAUUAUGGUUGAACAGUUUGUGGUGGACGGUCCACAUGCUCACCUCUACGACACAGCGAACCAGUCAUGGGUCAAGCUGAUGAACUGGCAGCAUGGCACAAUGUAUCUGUUCUUUGGGAUCUCUGGAAUAGCAAUUGUCGCCAAGACUGCAUCCAAACUGGUGCCGGUUGGUGUUGACCACCUUUCUCUGUCAUUGGCUCUUUUUGUUGAAGGGUUUCUGUUCUACUACCACGUCCACAUGCGCCCCCCUCUGGACGCUCACAUCCACACCCUGCUGCUCGUUGCUGUCUUUAUUGGAUCUGCCUGCUUCAUGGUGGAGGUGUUCAUAAAAGACAACAUUGUUUUGGAGCUGUUCGGGGCAUGCAUGUUCAUCCUGCAGGGCUCAUGGUUCUACCAGAUUGGGUUUGUACUUUACCCAUUGAGGGGGCCGGAGUGGGACUUGAAGAUGCACGACAACAUCAUGUUCAUCACAAUGUGCUUCUGCUGGCAUUUAGCUGUGGCCCUUCUUUUAGUCGCUUGCACCUCUUCUUUCGUUUGGUUCACAGUGAAGCGAUUCUCAGGAAAGGGACGAGACAUUGAGAUUGGAAUGCGAAAUACAUCCUCGAAAACGAGCUCCCAGAAAGCUUUGCUUGAAGAGUCUGAUGAAGAGUGAAUGCAUGGUUAUGAGUCUUUAACUAUACUAGAUUUCAUUUUAAAUGUUGAUGGUGCAUGAGACCGAGUCUGCUGUUUUGUACAAAGUCAAUUCUGUAUAUGAUAUGAUCUGUUGAAGUUCCCUUUAAAAACAGAAAAGUACAAGUUACAGAAAUUAUAAACUUGGGUGUAUGGCUCAAGGGUAUGGCCAUAGCUAUCAAAAGAAAUGCACACCUGAUAGGAGAACAAAUAGUGUAUUCAGACAAAAAUCAACAAGUCACAACAUUCAAAUAAAUCAGACAGAUUUCCACUCACUUCACAUUUGAAAAUAUUGCUGUAUAAGAGUACAGAGUAGGCUGGCCUGCCUGAGGGAGACACCCGCAACACCUCCAAGGAACCUGAACAAAUAAUUACAUAAUAAUACAAUAAAAUGCAAAUAAUUAAUAAUAAUAAUAAUUAUUAUUAUUAUUAUUAUUAUUAAAUAAAGGGGACACCCCUCACCUCCGAGGGACAAAAGCUCAUGUAAUCCACUGGUUCCAAAUCAAUCCUGCCUGUUUAAACUGCUGUAUAGCUCAGUGGUUAAAGCAUGGAGCAUAACCAGAUCGUUGUGAGAAGAGGGUUCAGAUCCCCACUCUGGUAGAACAUGUUGGGCUGUAUAUUAAAAACAAUUGUGUCUGGCUCUAAAACAUAAUUGUAUUUAAAAACAGUUGCUUAAAGUAUUCACUAUAAUUGAGUGCAGAUAAUGAGACUAACUUUGUGUUUAGACUUCCUUUCAUGAGACUUAAAAUAUAUUUGACUUUGAAACUCUACAUCAGAAUGAAUAUUUGGGGUGGCAUGUUAUCACCCUGAAGCUAAAUGAGUCUUUAAUUAUGGACAGUUUUUUAUUUAUUCUUAUCUAAAAAUAGAGAGACGAUAGCUAUUAUAUGAGACUUCAAAGAUCUUUUAUUUUGAAACUGUACAUCGGAAUGGACAAUUGUCGGAUGAACAUAGAGGGGCGAUAGCUCAUAUAGGAGCAACUCUGCAUCAGAAUGACCUGAUAUUCUCUGAGUGAAUAUUUGGGGUGGCCUUUGAAAUUAGUCUUUGAUUAUGGACAGCUUUUGUAUUCAUUCUUGUCUAAAAAGGUUUUAUUUUAUUUGUAUUAUUGGUGUUUAUUGUCCAAACAUUACACAUGAUAAGAAAGUGAUAUUUUUACGGCUGUUCUUUGCUAAUACAUUUAGCAAGUACUCGACGAUGACACAUCACAUACAUCUCCAAAAGUGUUAGAGGAAGUCAUUGGAUACUUAAUUUUAAAAACACUUCAUUUCUUUUAUUUUUUUUCAAACAGUUUUGACACAAAGCUACUUUUACAUAAAUGAACAUGAUAUAUUUUUGGGGUUUCUUUUUUGCACUUUUUAAUAAACUCAAAAUCAUACAAAUACUCAAACUGGAUCCCUUUAUUUUCAAUGAUACACAUUUUUUAAUUGAGAUUCAAAACCACAACACCUCCUGCUGGCUGGUCUAUUUUAAACCAUUCCUCCAUUUCCAUCCUGUUAUAGCUUCCUCAAUAAGGCAGAGUUCAGGGUGGACACAUAGAAAUAACAUAUUCCAGUCACAUUUGAUAAAACCAAUACCAUUUUCCAUGUUAUAUUUAAUUAUAUCCUUCAUCCUGGCUAAGUAAACCCAAUGAUUCCUUUUUAAAUAUUGUAAUUUCCUAUUAUGAGGAAUUUGAUUGUUCGAGGACAAUCAUAACAAGUUUUGAAUAGAGACCAUUAACUUCUUAAAAAGAACAGACUCCUUGUUCCCCAUUAACCCCCCUUCCUCCUUUUGGGGGUUGCUUGAGAUUGUUUAUUCACAUGUAUACUAAAACAUUGGUUUACAUAACAUUAUAUAAUAUUCUAGAUUUCUGUGAUAUUGUAUAAUUAGUGUCUUGCAUUUAAUUACCUUUGAGGAACAGGGACAGUGGAGCUCUUUGUAAGGGCAUUUACUAACAUUGCACUAUAACAGCCAAUGGAGGAGAGACUUUAAGACAAAAGGUGAUCUGAAUCACUUCACAUAACUGAAACUUUUAAAUGGCAAAUCAUAUCGCACUGCUAAA